AUGAUGGCGGCGAUCCUCAAGAAACCACUGAAGCUUGCUCUGGUGCAAUUGGCCACCGGCUCCGACAAAGCCGUCAAUCUGGCCCGUGCACGGUCAAAGGUUCUCGAGGCCGCACGAUCGGGCGCAUCGUUGAUCGUUUUGCCGGAGUGCUUCAACUCGCCCUACGGCACCCAGUUCUUCCCACACUACGCCGAGACACUUCUUCCUUCCCCGCCUACAACUGAGCAGUCUCCGUCUUUUCAUACAUUAUCCUCUAUCGCCGCGGAGGCAAAGGCCUACCUCGUAGGCGGGAGUAUCCCGGAAUAUGUCCCCGAAACCAAACAGUACUUCAACACCUCUCUGGUGUUUUCCCCAACAGGCUCUCUGAUCGCCACCCACCGCAAAACACAUCUCUUCGACAUUGAUAUCCCUGGCAAAAUAAAGUUUAAAGAGAGUGAGGUGCUCUCCGCUGGAAAUAAAAUUACCAUUGUCGAUUUACCAGAGUACGGGAAAGUUGGCUUGGCUAUAUGCUAUGAUAUCCGAUUCCCCGAGUCAGCGAUGAUUGCAGCGCGCAAGGGAUGCUUCCUGCUUGUGUACCCCGGCGCUUUCAACACGACUACCGGCCCGUUGCACUGGUCUCUCUUGGGCCGUGCAAGGGCGCUGGAUAAUGAGGUCUACUCUGCGCUCUGCAGUCCAGCGCGGGACAUGAACGCGACAUACCAUGCCUGGGGCCAUAGUUUGGUCGUAAACCCGAGAGGAGAAAUUCUAGUUGAAGGUGCUGAGUCAGAAGAUAUCUUGUACGCAGAUUUGGACCAGGGAGUCAUCGAUGAAACGAGGAAAUCCAUUCCGAUUUACGACCAGAGGAGAUUUGACGUCUAUCCUGACAUUAGUAAAGGAGACGUUAAGCUUGAGGAGUAG